CACACCCAUCAUCAUCAUCAUUCAUCACCAGCUGGGCCAGGAGCGGCCACAUUCUCGAUUUAGCGUACGAGCAAUAAAUUUAGACCGACUUACCCAGCGUAUUUAGAGUUGAGCACUCUCACCCAUCGCCACAAUCGCCGAGCACAGGGCCCAGGUAAGGGCGUAAACCGGCACCAUGCGGUACCAAUCCAUCUUCGGUUUCGCCGCUCUUGCUUUUGGAAUUAGCGGUGCAGCCGAUCCUUUGACCCCAAUCCACGAAAAGGGGCGCUGUGCAUUCCGAAGCACUUGCGGCAAGAAGGGCUUUUUCGGCAAGGAACUGCCUUGCGUUGACAAUGGCGUCGCUCACGACCCAGCCUCCGAAGCCGGGCUACGCGAGGAGCUGGUAGAUCUAUGUGGUGAAGAAUGGAAUGAAGGUCCCGUGUGCUGCACUCUAGCGCAGGUAAAAACACUCAAGUCGGAAAUGUCCACCGCCCUAAACUUGAUCGGCUCUUGCCCUGCAUGCAAACACAACUUCGUCAAUACUUUCUGCAAGUUUACCUGCUCGCCCGAUCAGUCGACCUUUAUCAACAUUACAAGAACCUCGAUCAAAAUGGGCAAGGUGCAAGUAGCCGAACUCGACCAGCUCGUGUCCGAAGAUUACAAGACAACCUUUUACGACAGCUGCAAAGAAGUAAAGUUUGGCGGGGCGAACAGCAAAGCAAUGGACUUAAUAGGUGGAGGAGCCAAAGAUGCCCAUGCCUUUCUCAAGUUUCUGGGAGACGAAAAGUUUCUAGGGUCGCCGUUCCAAAUCAACUUCCCAGACAAAUAUGGCGACAAAGAUAUGGCACCAUUGGAUAUGAAAGCCAAACCAUGCCAUGGGGGUGAUCCUAACUUUGAUUGCCUGUGUAUCGACUGCAUUGAAUCCUGCGGAGAACUUCCACCUUUGGAAUCCAACGGAUCUUGCCACGUUGGUGUGCUUCCCUGCCUCUCGUUUGCCUCCAUUUUGACGUACACUCUCAUGCUGGUAGGAAUUGGAGCCCUUGGUUUUGGGAGUGCGGCUUGGAAAAGGUAUGCUCAGCGCCAGGUUGAGCGUAGCCGACUAUUGCAUGAAUCAUCUCAUAGUGACGAUGAAGACGAAGGUGGUCCUGUACAAACGCAGGCCAUGCGCGAUCGACCGACGACCCGAUAUUGGCUGAACGACCGUUGCGAUAAGGCUUUCUAUAGCCUUGGACACUUCUCAGCGAGGUUCCCUGUUUUGACGAUUGGUGUAUGCCUGGUUGCCAUUACUGUUCUGAGCGCUGGUUGGUUUAAUUUUGCGCUGGAGACGGAUCCGGCCAGACUCUGGGUGAGCCCAGCAUCCGAUGCGGCCCAAGAAAAGGCCUACUUUGAUUCAAAUUUCGGCCCCUUCUACCGAGCUGAAAAGAUAUUCCUUGUCAAUGACACGGACAGCGAGACAGCCCCUGUUUUGAGCUACGAUACUCUGGAGUGGUGGAUGGAAAUUGAGGCCAGUAUUGAGAAGCUCAAAGGCCCCAAACAUGGGAAAACACUUGAUGAGCUCUGCUUUAAACCAACCAAUGAUGCAUGUGUCAUCCAGUCCGUGUCAACCUACAUAAACGCAAAUGGUGGCUUGUCCAAGUCUUGGAAGCGGACCGUUGAGAAAUGCGCCAGUGAACCUGUCACCUGCCGUCCUGCGUAUGGACAACCCAUCGAACCUGAAAUGAUUUUAGCGGGAUAUACCGACAAGAUUACGGACGCAAAGGCCAUGACUGUCAAUUGGGUUGUCAACAAUGCAGACCAAGGGACCCGCGAGUUUGAAGAUGCUGUUGACUGGGAGAAUGCUUUGCGAGACAGACUCUUGGAUGUUCAGAAAGAAGCAGCAACACGUGGCCUGCGACUAUCUUUCAACACGGAAGCAAGUCUAGAGGAAGAGCUCAACAAAUCCACCAAUACGGACGCCAAGAUUGUGAUAAUCAGCUACCUUGUCAUGUUCAUCUAUGCUUGCCUCGCGCUUGGCACACCGCUGAAACACAUCUUCCGCAAUCCUGCUGUGCUGUUGGUUGAGUCAAAAGUCACACUCGGUCUAGUUGGCAUUGUGAUUGUUCUCAUGUCAAUUACGGCUUCCAUUGGUUUCUUUUCAUGGGUUGGGCUGAAGGCAACCCUUAUUAUUGUCGAAGUUAUUCCGUUUAUUGUGCUCGCUGUUGGUGUGGAUAACAUCUUCCUCAUUGUUCACGAACUGGAUCGCGUCAAUGUCAGUUGUCCCGAUGAUGCAGUGGAAGAACGAGUCGCUCAGGCUCUUGGCAGGAUGGGUCCAUCUAUCCUUUUCUCCGCGUUGACAGAGACAGCAGCGUUUGCUCUAGGAUCAGCAGUGGGCAUGCCUGCUGUUCGAAAUUUUGCAGCAUAUGCCGCUGGCGCUGUUCUGGUCAAUGCUGUCCUGCAAAUGACCAUGUUCGUUUCCUUCUUAGCCUUGAAUCAGAUCCGUGUUGAGGAUCAUCGUUGUGAGCUUUGGCCUUGGUGGCAAAUCAAGAGUGCUCGUAUUCAUCUAAAUGGAAACAACAGCUAUGCUACUGGCAGAGCCUCCGAUGUUGACGAGGAGAGCAUGCUUCAAGUAUUUAUCAAGAAUGUUUACGCUCCAGCACUACUUGCACCUAGAGCAAAGAAAGUCAUCGUCGCUGUCUUCUUUGGUCUCUUUGCUGCCGCCAUUGCCCUCUUACCUACCAUUCAGCUUGGCCUUGAUCAGAGAGUAGCAAUCCCAGACGGCUCAUAUCUUAUUCCAUUUUUUAAUGAUAUGUACGACUACAUGGAGGUUGGUCCACCAGUCUAUUUUGUUGCUCGAGGCGCCAAUGCAUCUAUCCGGGAUCAACAGCAACAACUUUGUGCGAAAUUUACGACUUGUAAUGAGCUAUCGCUUACCAACACUCUGGAACUUGAACGACAACGCGACGAUCUAUCCUACAUUGCGUCGCCCACCGCUAGUUGGAUGGAUGACUUUUUUGCAUGGCUCAACCCUGAAAAUAAGUUUUGUUGUAAGGAGGGUGGCACCACGUGCUUUGUUGGACGCAGCCCUCCUUGGAACAGAACAAUGUCAGGCAUGCCAGAAGGCCCAGAGUUUAUGCACUUCCUGCAGAAGUUUCUCCAGUCGCCUCCCGACGAGGAAUGUGCGCUGGGUGGAGAGGCUGCGUACAGUACUGCAGUUGUCUUGGAUGAGGAUAAGACUGGUGUGAAGACAAGUCACUUUCGCACGGCCCAUUCUCCUUUGAGAAGCCAAGAGGAUUUCAUCCAAGCGUAUGCCUCUGCAAGGCGUAUCGCUAAUGAAAUGAAGAGCUCCACGGGCAUCGACGUGUUCCCAUACAGCGUCUUUUAUGUUUUCUUUGACCAAUACCUCAGUAUAAUUUCUCUAACUGCCAGUCUUUUGGGCGCAGCUGUUGGUAUUAUCUUUGUUGUGGCUGCCCUGCUGCUGGGCUCUAUUCUCACGGCCGCCGUUGUCACUCUCACAGUCGUAAUGAGCGUGAUUGAUAUUAUGGGCGCCAUGUCGGUAUUUGGCGUCUCACUGAAUGCAGUCUCACUGGUCAAUUUGAUCAUUUGCGUUGGCAUAUCAGUCGAGUUCUGUGCUCACAUUGCAAGAGCCUUCAUGUUCCCAUCCCGUACUGUCCUUGAAAGCAACACAAAUGCCCUUCGAGGCCGUGAUGCUCGUGCAUGGACCGCACUUGUUAAUGUUGGCGGGUCUGUCUUCUCCGGCAUUACUGUCACCAAACUCCUCGGCGUCUGUGUUUUGGCGUUUACUCGUUCCAAGAUCUUCGAGAUAUACUACUUCCGAGUCUGGCUAUCUUUGGUUGUUUUUGCCGCACUUCACUCUCUGGUAUUCUUGCCAGUUGCGCUCAGCAUUGCAGGCGGCCGAGGCUAUGUUGAUCCUGAAAGCGAGGGCACCGCUGCACAAGAUUUGACGGAUAGACGAUGGAGAGCUAUUCGUAUUAAUGAUAAUAGCGACUCUGAAGAUGAAUUUUAAGCGACAUCUACUACAUAGCGCCCUCAUAUUUUGUUUAGAAUGUUUUGGUUCUUUUAGGCUAAGUUAAUCGGUAAAUACACGACUGGAUGCUCAAAAUUUAAAAAGAGGCAAUUAGUGUAAUAUGUUAUAGUGAAGACUAUGCUGGAGGUAAGAAAGACGAAUACAACGCCCCUUGAAUCCCAGCAUACAUGACCAUGAACAUUAUGCACAUUUGGCCUUUCGCACGGGUUUUGUCAACACACAAGGAAGCAGCAAUCCACCAAUACCAAACUGGAUAUCCAGAUGCUACACGAGCAAUAAUCUGUACAUGAUACGUUGUAAGUGCAAGGACAGCCAUAGUCAUCUGGAUGGCAGCUAGCGUCAUAAUGAGUGUUUUAUGGCUCUGAUUCGGCGCUCCACGGGUAGGAAUUGCUCCAGCCAAGAACAGAUCCCAUCCGGACCGACUAAGAAGAAGUAAUGUGGGCGCGGCAACGAUGAACAAAGGUAGUUGAUUCAAGGUCCAAUACCUGAGAAAUCCAACGUCCCUUCUAGUAGUUAGAAGAUGCUCAAACAGAUAUAUAAGAUGACUUACCAGUAAUAAUCCUGUACAAAGGUGUAUAUGCUUGGGAGCGUAUUGUUGCACCAUGGACGAAGGGCAUCGGGAUAGCAGUAAAGUGACCAGGCUGCUAACUGCGGAAUUAAAAUACCACUUCCAGCAAGCGAGCCACCCACGACUGUAGCAGCGACGUGAAGAAAACCAGCCGCGGUGGGCUGCUGGAGAAACGCCAGUCCGGUUUGGACAGCCUCCACAGCAAAAAUCAGACCAUAUGAUAGUCCAUUGCUUCGAAUUGUAGUAGCAAGACCAAGUAGAGCACCUGAAGCAAUGACUAGCGCGCAGCGCCUGAGUGUUGAUCGCCCAGGUUGGCUUCGCAGAGCAAAUAGCAACACGGCAAGGAAGCAGAGAAGACUGCAAGGGCCUUCACCAUAGGGAGAGGAUAAAAAUAGACCACCAUGAGACAUAAUCGAAAGAGCCGAAGAAAUAAACGAAAGCUUGACGUCCUUUGUGAGCACCUCUGUGAGCUUAUAAAGGGCCAAGACGGAGCCUAGAUGUGAUACGUUGGAGAUGGCAAUGCCCGCUAGCGGUUCGAUUCCAUAUGCUUCGACUCCAAGACUCUGAAUGAAUUGUGUGAGGUACCGAAUAGACAACGCCACACCCGUUCCAAAGGCCCAUUCCUGUUCAUAAACGUAGCCAUCCUUGGCUGCGUGGACAUAGUAGAUUGCAUCCCACCGCGUCAGGCGGGUAGUCAGGGCGGACGCUAUGGGUGAGCUAGAGCCAUAGAGACGCUCGAAAAGCAAAGAAGUUGAUGUGUCGUAUCCAUUCUUGUUAGGGGUACUUAACGCGACGGUGAAUAGGAAGGCUUUCCACGCGACGAAGAGGGUUACCAGUGUGCGCAAGGGGCGACUCUGGUAUUCGGCAAAAAGCGCCAUUUUACGCGAUUUGGUAUCUGAUAGUCGAGUGAUAUAAUGGCCAAUGAUUUAGAUACUGAUAUAUAUUCAUGAAAUGGCGCAGCGCUGUGAACUGCAACUUGAUGUCGUCGCCACAAUGAGGUUUACGAGGGCAGGCAAACACAUCAAGGGGCAUCGUCACAGUGGAGCCACCCACAGUAUAGCGCCUGCUUUGCUGUUAACAGCAGCAAACAAGAGCAUUCUUUAGAAUAGGCACAUUUUUAAAAUGCUAGUGAAUUAUAUACAUAUAUUAAGAGUAUUCUUCCUUUUGUAUUCCCUUUAAAUUUUCACUCCUUCUAAAAUCGGCUUUGCCUCGUCGCUCUUCCACCAGCUGACGCCAUCCUCGCCAGGGAACGUGUACUUGUCCAUGCUGUCAGGCUUCAUUUCGACACUGUAGCCGGCCUCCAUAGGCGUUUUGUAGUAGCCAUCGGUAAUGACUGAUGGGUGCAAGAAGUGCUCGUGGAGAUGGUCGACAUACUCGAGAACGGAACGUUUUCCGCUUACAACAACGUAGUCAAUGGUGCUAAGAUGCUGAGUGUACUCGGGCAGACCAACACCACCGGAGUGAGGGACGAUGGGUACACCGUACUUCUUGGCCAUCAAAAGCACAGCAAGGACUUCGUUGACACCACCCAGACGGCAGGCGUCAAUUUGGCAGACAUCAAUGGCACCAGACAUGAGCAGCUGCUUGAACAUGACACGGUUCUGGCACAUUUCUCCCGUGGCAACACCGAUGCCAUAGGGCUUGAGGGCUUCGCGGACGGCCUUGUGGCCCAGAAUAUCGUCUGGGGAUGUGGGCUCCUCAAUGAACCAAGGCUUGAACUCGCUCAACUGCUUCAUGUAUUCGAUAGCCUCAGGGACCGACCAAAUCUGGUUGGCAUCGACCAUGAGGACGUUGCCCUUGUCGUAGCCCAAGACACUACGGGCAAUGGAAAGGCGGUGCUUGUCAUCUUCAACGCUGCCGCCGACCUUGAGCUUGAAGUACUUGUAUCCAUUGGCAAGAGUCUCUUCCAAGAGGCGCUUCAUCUUUUCUUCACCGUAGCCAAGCCAUCCAGCGCUGGUGGUGUAAGCAGGAACGGCGCGGCUCUGCAGGGCAUCCUCAAUACGAGCAGCCUUGCCAGACUCUUGUUCACGUAGCAUAGUGAUGGCCUCUUCGGGGGUGAUGGCGUCGGUGAUGUAGCGGAAAUCGAUGCAGCGGACGUAUUCCUCGGGCGUCAUGUCGGCGACGAUACGCCAGACCGGCUUCUGUAGGACCUUGGCCCAGAGAUCCCAGACAGCGUUGACAACGGCACCAAGAGCGAGAUGGAUGACGCCCUUCUCAGGACCAAUCCAUCGCAAUUGGCUGUCAGAGACAAGGUAGCGCCAUGUCUUGCCCCAGUCCUCGACAAGAGAGCUGAGAGUCUUGCCC